GGGGAGAAGUGCUCUGCCCCUUUUGGAUCGUGGUGGUGGGACACAGAAGGGGGUCAGGGCUUCUAGCUGGGGGGAAGGUUAGGGAGUAGUUCCCGAGAGAUUGUGGGUGCGACCGAGUGACCAUCAUGAGUGACCAAGCGCUGAGCUUCCUGAAAGACUUUCUGGCAGGUGGCGUCGCCGCUGCGGUUUCCAAGACUGCAGUUGCUCCCAUCGAGAGAGUCAAACUGCUCCUGCAGGUCCAACAUGCCAGCAAACAAAUUAAAGCAGAGCAGCAGUACAAAGGCAUAAUUGACUGCGUGGUGAGAAUCCCCAAGGAGCAAGGCUUCCUCUCCUUCUGGAGGGGUAACCUGGCCAAUGUCAUUCGUUACUUCCCCACCCAAGCCCUUAAUUUUGCCUUCAAGGACAAAUACAAGCAGAUCUUCUUGGGGGGUGUGGAUCGGCACAAACAGUUCUGGCGUUACUUUGCUGGCAACCUUGCUUCUGGUGGAGCAGCUGGGGCCACUUCCCUCUGCUUCGUCUACCCACUGGACUUUGCUCGGACCAGGCUGGCUGCUGAUGUGGGCAAAGGUCUCUCCCAACGGGAGUUCAGUGGCCUAGGCAACUGUCUUACCAAGAUCUUCAAGUCUGAUGGCGUGAAGGGCCUCUACCAAGGCUUCAAUGUGUCUGUCCAGGGAAUCAUCAUCUACAGAGCGGCCUACUUCGGGGUCUAUGAUACAGCCAAGGGAAUGUUGCCUGACCCCAAGAAUGUGCACAUUAUAGUAAGCUGGAUGAUUGCCCAGACUGUGACUGCAGUGGCAGGAUUGGUGUCCUAUCCCUUUGAUACUGUCCGACGUAGGAUGAUGAUGCAGUCUGGUCGGAAAGGGGCUGAUAUUAUGUAUACUGGAACAAUUGACUGCUGGAGGAAGAUUGCAAAAGAUGAAGGAGCCAAAGCUUUCUUCAAAGGUGCCUGGUCCAAUGUAUUGAGAGGCAUGGGCGGUGCUUUUGUAUUAGUCUUGUAUGAUGAGAUAAAAAAAUACGUCUAAUUCAAUUAAAACUCUUAAGUUCA